AUGACCCAUGCAGAACUGGCGAACGAACGCUACCUUUUACCACAUAACAUGAUUCACAGUCCACAGCAGGGGUUCAGUAACAUCACUAUCCCUGUAGACAGUCCACAGCAGGGGUUCAGUAACAUCAAUAUCCCUGUAGACAGUCCACAGCAGGGCUUCAGUAACAUCAACAUCCCUGUAGACAGUCAACAGCAGAGGUUCAGUAACAUCAAUGUCCCUGUAGACAGUCCGCAGCAGGGCUUCAGUAACAUCAAUGUCCCUGUAGAGAGUCCACAGCAGGGCUUCAGUAACAUCAAUGUCCCUGUAGAGAGUCCACAGCAGGGCUUCAGUAACAUCAAUGUCCCUGUAGACAGUCCACAGCAGGGGUUCAGUAACAUCAAUGUCCCUGUAGACAGUCCACAGCAGGGCUUCAGUAACAUCAAUGUCCCUGUAGACAGUCCGCAGCAGGGGUUCAGUGUCAUCAAUAUCCCUGUAGACAGUCCACAGCAGGGCUUCAGUAACAUCAAUGUCCCUGUAGACAGUCCACAGCAGGGCUUCAGUAACAUCAAUGUCCCUGUAGACAGUCCACAGCAGGGGUUCAGUAACACCAAUAUCCCUGUAGACAGUUUACAGCAGGAGUUCAGUGUCAUCAAUGUCCCUGUAGACAGUCCACAUCCACAGCAGGGGUUCAGUGUCAUCAAUGUCCCUGUAGACAGUCCACAGCAGGGGUUCAGUAACAUCAAUGUCCCUGUAGACAGUCCACAGCAGGGGUUCAGUAACAUCAAUGUCCCUGUAGACAGUCCACAGCAGGGGUUCAGUAACAUCUAUGUCCCUGUAGACAGUCAACAGCAGGGGUUCAGUAACAAAGAUGUCCCUGUAGACAGUCCACAGCAGGGGUUCAGUAACACCAACAUCCCUGUAGACAGUCCACAGCAGGGGUUCAGUGUCAUCAAUGUCCCUGUAGACAGUCCACAUUCACAGCAGGGGUUCAGUAACAUCAAUGUCCCUGUAGACAGUUCACAGCAGGAGUUCAGUAACAUCAAUGUCCCUGUAGACAGUCCACAGCAGGGGUUCAGUAACAUCAAUGUCCCUGUAGACAGUUCACAGCAGGAGUUCAGUGUCAUCAAUGUCCCUGUAGACAGUUCACAGCAGGAGUUCAGUAACAUCAAUGUUCCUGUAGACAGUCCACAGCAGGGGUUCAGUAACAUCAAUGUUCCUGUAGACAGUCCACAGCAGGGGUUCAGUGUCAUCAAUGUCCCUGUAGACAGUCCACAGCAGGGGUUCUGUGUCAUCAAUGUCCCUGUAGACAGUUCACAGGAGGAGUUCAGUAACAUCAAUGUCCCUGUAGACAGUCCACAGCAGGGGUUCAGUGUCAUCAAUGUUCCUGUAGACAGUCCGCAGCAGGGGUUCAGUGUCGUCAUCAAUGUCCCUGUAGACAGUUCACAGGAGGAGUUCAGUAACAUCAAUGUUCCUGUAGACAGUCCACAGCAGGGGUUCAGUGUCGUCAUCAAUGUUCCUGUAGACAGUCCACAGCAGGAGUUCAGCCACAUCAAUGUCCCUUUAAAAACAGUUCACAGCAGGGACAGUCCACAGCAGGAGUUCAGUAACAAAGAUGUCCCUGUAGACAGUCCACAGCAGGGGUUCAGUGUCAUCAAUGUCCCUGUAGACAGUCCACAGCAGGGGUUCUGUGUCAUCAAUGUCCCUGUAGACAGUCCACAGCAGGGGUUCAGUGUCAUCAAUGUUCCUGUAGACAGUCCACAGAAGGAGUUCAGUAACAUCAAUGUCCCUGUAGACAGUUCACAGCAGGAGUUCAGUGUCAUCAAUGUCCCUGUAGACAGUUCACAGCAGGAGUUCAGUAACAUCGAUGUCCCUGUAGACAGUCCACAGCAGGGGUUCUGUGUCAUCAAUGUCCCUGUAGACAGUCCACAGCAGGGGUUCAGUAACAUCAAUGUCCCUGUAGACAGUCCACAGCAGGGGUUCAGUGUCGUCAUCAAUGUUCCUGUAGACAGUCCACAGCAGGGGUUCAGUGUCAUCAAUGUUCCUGUAGACAGUCCACAGAAGGAGUUCAGUAACAUCAAUGUCCCUGUAGACAGUUCACAGCAGGAGUUCAGUGUCAUCAAUGUCCCUGUAGACAGUCCACAGCAGGGGUUCAGUAACAUGUAUGUUCCUGUAGACAGUCCACAGCAGGGGUUCUGUGUCAUCAAUGUCCCUGUAGACAGUCCACAGCAGGGGUUCAGUAACAUCAAUGUCCCUGUAGACAGUCCACAGCAGGGGUUCAGUGUCGUCAUCAAUGUUCCUGUAGACAGUCCACAGCAGGAGUUCAGCCACAUCAAUAUCCCUGUAGACAGUUCACAGCAGGGGUUCAGUAACAUCAAUGUUCCAGUAGACAGUCCACAGCAGGGGUUCAGUGUCAUCAAUGUUCCUGUAGACAGUCCACAGCAGGGGUUCAGUAACAUCAAUGUCCCUGUAGACAGUCCACAGCAGGGCUUCAACAGUUCACAGCAGGAGUUCAGUAACAUCAAUGUCCCUGUAGACAGUCCACAGCAGGGGUUCAGUAACAUCAAUGUCCCUGUAGACAGUUCACAGCAGGAGUUCAGUGUCAUCAAUGUCCCUGUAGACAGUUCACAGCAGGAGUUCAGUAACAUCAAUGUUCCUGUAGACAGUCCACAGCAGGGGUUCAGUAACAUCAAUGUUCCUGUAGACAGUCCACAGCAGGGGUUCAGUGUCAUCAAUGUCCCUGUAGACAGUCCACAGCAGGGGUUCUGUGUCAUCAAUGUCCCUGUAGACAGUUCACAGGAGGAGUUCAGUAACAUCAAUGUCCCUGUAGACAGUCCACAGCAGGGGUUCAGUGUCAUCAAUGUUCCUGUAGACAGUCCGCAGCAGGGGUUCAGUGUCGUCAUCAAUGUCCCUGUAGACAGUUCACAGGAGGAGUUCAGUAACAUCAAUGUUCCUGUAGACAGUCCACAGCAGGGGUUCAGUGUCGUCAUCAAUGUUCCUGUAGACAGUCCACAGCAGGAGUUCAGCCACAUCAAUGUCCCUUUAAAAACAGUUCACAGCAGGGACAGUCCACAGCAGGAGUUCAGUAACAAAGAUGUCCCUGUAGACAGUCCACAGCAGGGGUUCAGUGUCAUCAAUGUCCCUGUAGACAGUCCACAGCAGGGGUUCUGUGUCAUCAAUGUCCCUGUAGACAGUCCACAGCAGGGGUUCAGUGUCAUCAAUGUUCCUGUAGACAGUCCACAGAAGGAGUUCAGUAACAUCAAUGUCCCUGUAGACAGUUCACAGCAGGAGUUCAGUGUCAUCAAUGUCCCUGUAGACAGUUCACAGCAGGAGUUCAGUAACAUCGAUGUCCCUGUAGACAGUCCACAGCAGGGGUUCUGUGUCAUCAAUGUCCCUGUAGACAGUCCACAGCAGGGGUUCAGUAACAUCAAUGUCCCUGUAGACAGUCCACAGCAGGGGUUCAGUGUCGUCAUCAAUGUUCCUGUAGACAGUCCACAGCAGGGGUUCAGUGUCAUCAAUGUUCCUGUAGACAGUCCACAGAAGGAGUUCAGUAACAUCAAUGUCCCUGUAGACAGUUCACAGCAGGAGUUCAGUGUCAUCAAUGUCCCUGUAGACAGUCCACAGCAGGGGUUCAGUAACAUGUAUGUUCCUGUAGACAGUCCACAGCAGGGGUUCUGUGUCAUCAAUGUCCCUGUAGACAGUCCACAGCAGGGGUUCAGUAACAUCAAUGUCCCUGUAGACAGUCCACAGCAGGGGUUCAGUGUCGUCAUCAAUGUUCCUGUAGACAGUCCACAGCAGGAGUUCAGCCACAUAAAUAUCCCUGUAGACAGUUCACAGCAGGGGUUCAGUAACAUCAAUGUUCCAGUAGACAGUCCACAGCAGGGGUUUAGUGCCAUCAAUGUUCCUGUAGACAGUCCACAGCAGGGGUUCAGUAACAUCAAUGUUCCUGUAGACAUUCCACAGCAGGAGUUCAGUAACAUCAAUGUUCCUGUAGACAGUCCACAGCAGGGGUUCAGUAACAUCAAUGUUCCUGUAGACAGUCCACAGCAGGGGUUCAGUAACAUCAAUGUUCCUGUAGACAGUCCACAGCAGGGGUUCAGUAACAUCAAUGUUCCUGUAGACAGUCCACCGCAGGGGUUCAGUAACAUCAAUGUUCCUGUAGACAGUCCACAGCAGGGGUUCAGUAACAUCAAUGUUCCUGUAGACAGUCCACAGCAGGGGUUCAGUGUCAUCAAUGUCCCUGUAGACAGUCCACAGCAGGGGUUCUGUGUCAUCAAUGUCCCUGUAGACAGUUCACAGGAGGAGUUCAGUAACAUCAAUGUCCCUGUAGACAGUCCACAGCAGGGGUUCAGUGUCAUCAAUGUUCCUGUAGACAGUCCGCAGCAGGGGUUCAGUGUCGUCAUCAAUGUCCCUGUAGACAGUUCACAGGAGGAGUUCAGUAACAUCAAUGUUCCUGUAGACAGUCCACAGCAGGGGUUCAGUGUCGUCAUCAAUGUCCCUGUAGACAGUCCACAGCAGGGGUUCAGUAACAUCAAUGUCCCUGUAGACAGUCCACAGCAGGAGUUCAGUAACAAAGAUGUCCCUGUAGACAGUCCACAGCAGGGGUUCAGUGUCAACAAUGUUCCUGUAGACAGUCCACAGCAGGAGUUCAGUAACAUCAAUGUCCCUGUAGACAGUUCACAGCAGGGGUUCAGUAACAUCAAUGUCCCUGUAGACAGUCCACAGCAGGGGUUCAGUGUCAUCAAUGUCCCUGUGGACAGUUCACAGCAGGAGUUCAGUAACAUCAAUGUCCCUGUAGACAGUUCACAGCAGGAGUUCAGUGUCAUCAAUGUCCCUGUAGACAGUUCACAGCAGGAGUUCAGUAACAUCGAUGUCCCUGUAGACAGUCCACAGCAGGGGUUCAGUAACAUGUAUGUUCCUGUAGACAGUCCACAGCAGGGGUUCUGUGUCAUCAAUGUCCCUGUAGACAGUCCACAGCAGGGGUUCAGUAACAUCAAUGUCCCUGUAGACAGUCCACAGCAGGGGUUCAGUGUCGUCAUCAAUGUUCCUGUAGACAGUCCACAGCAGGAGUUCAGCCACAUCAAUGUCCCUGUAGACAGUUCACAGCAGAGGUUCAGUAACAUCAAUGUUCCAGUAGACAGUUCACAGCAGAGGUUCAGUAACAUCAAUGUUCCAGUAGACAGUCCACAGCAGGGGUUCAGUGUCAUCAAUGUUCCUGUAGACAGUCCACAGCAGGGGUUCAGUAACAUCAAUGUUCCUGUAGACAUUCCACAGCAGGAGUUCAGUAACAUCAAUGUUCCUGUAGACAGUCCACAGCAGGGGUUCAGUAACAUCAAUGUUCCUGUAGACAGUCCACAGCAGGGGUUCAGUAACAUCAAUGUUCCUGUAGACAGUCCACAGCAGGGGUUCAGUAACAUCAAUGUUCCUGUAGACAGUCCACAGCAGGGGUUCAGUAACAUCAAUGUUCCUGUAGACAGUCCACAGCAGGGGUUCAGUGUCAUCAAUGUCCCUGUAGACAGUCCACAGCAGGGGUUCUGUGUCAUCAAUGUUCCUGUAGACAGUUCACAGGAGGAGUUCAGUAACAUCAAUGUCCCUGUAGACAGUCCACAGCAGGGGUUCAGUGUCAUCAAUGUUCCUGUAGACAGUCCGCAGCAGGGGUUCAGUGUCGUCAUCAAUGUCCCUGUAGACAGUUCACAGGAGGAGUUCAGUAACAUCAAUGUUCCUGUAGACAGUCCACAGCAGGGGUUCAGUGUCGUCAUCAAUGUUCCUGUAGACAGUCCACAGCAGGAGUUCAGCCACAUCAAUGUCCCUUUAAAAACAGUUCACAGCAGGGACAGUCCACAGCAGGAGUUCAGUAACAAAGAUGUCCCUGUAGACAGUCCACAGCAGGGGUUCAGUGUCAUCAAUGUCCCUGUAGACAGUCCACAGCAGGGGUUCUGUGUCAUCAAUGUCCCUGUAGACAGUUCACAGGAGGAGUUCAGUAACAUCAAUGUCCCUGUAGACAGUCCACAGCAGGGGUUCAGUGUCAUUAAUGUUCCUGUAGACAGUCCACAGCAGGGGUUCAGUAACAUCGAUGUCCCUGUAGACAGUCCACAGCAGGGGUUCAGUAACAUCGAUGUCCCUGUAGACAGUCCACAGCAGGGGUUCAACAGUUCACAGGAGGAGUUCAGUAACACCAAUAUCCCUGUAGACAGUCCACAGCAGGAGUUCAGUAACAUCAAUGUCCCUGUAGACAGUCCACACCAGGGGUUCAGUAACACUAAUGUCCCUGUAGACAGUCCACAGCAGGGGUUCAGUAACACCAAUGUCCCUGUAGACAGUCCACACCAGGGGUUCAGUAACACUAAUGUCCCUGUAGACAGUUUACAGCAGGGGUUCAGUAACACUAAUGUCCCUGUAGACAGUUUACAGCAGGGGUUCAGUAACACCAAUGUCCCUGUAGACAGUUUACAGCAGGGGUUCAGUAACACUAAUGUCCCUGUAGACAGUUUACAGCAGGAGUUCAGUAACACCAAUGUCCCUGUAGACAGUUUACAGCAGGGGUUCAGUAACACUAAUGUCCCUGUAGACAGUUUACAGCAGGGGUUCAGUAACACUAAUGUCCCUGUAGACAGUUUACAGCAGGGGUUCAGUAACACUAAUGUCCCUGUAGACAGUUUACAGCAGGGGUUCAGUAACACUAAUGUCCCUGUAGACAGUUUACAGCAGGGGUUCAGUAACACUAAUGUCCCUGUAGACAGUUUACAGCAGGAGUUCAGUGUCAUCAAUAUCCCUGUAGACAGUCCACAGCAGGGGUUCAGUGUCAUCAAUGGCCCUGUAGACAACGAUAAACAAUUUCCGAUUCUGCGGAGCCCAUCUUUAGUUGCACAAGAAGAUGGGAUUCGGUGGGGAAAAUGA